AUGUUCAGCAAAAUUUUCUCCCGAGGGUUAUCAACCAUGUCUAAGCUGGAUCGCUCUUUGCUUAAGGUGACUAAAACCGCGGCGCCAAAGGCGAAGCUGCCCAACUCAGAGUUGGUGUUCGGCCAGUCUUUCACCGACCACAUGCUGGCUAUCGAGUGGGAUGCUUCCAAGGGAUGGUCUGCUCCUGAGAUCAAGCCUUAUGGGCCUUUGACGCUGGACCCAUCUUCGUGUGUGUUCCACUACGCCUUUGAGCUUUUUGAAGGUCUCAAGGCUUACCGUGACGACCAGAACCGUGUCCGUAUGUUCAGACCAGAUCUGAAUAUGAAGCGCAUGAACAAAAGUGCCGAGCGCAUAUGCUUGCCCACUUUUGACUCCGAGGAACUGAUCGGUUUGAUUGGUGACCUUGUCAAGCUCGACCAGGACUUCAUCCCUGUUGGAAAGGGAUAUUCGCUGUACAUUCGCCCAACCUUGAUCGGAACCACUGCGGGUCUUGGUGUCGGAAUACCCGACAAGGCCCUGUUGUUCGUAAUUUGCUCGCCUGUUGGACCAUACUACAAGACCGGAUUUAAGGCUGUGAGACUCGAGGCCACUGAUUACGCUACUAGAGCCUGGCCAGGUGGUGUUGGUGACAAGAAGUUGGGAGCUAACUAUGCUCCUUGCAUUCGUCCUCAGCUUGAUGCCGCCAGCCGUGGUUACCAGCAGAAUCUUUGGUUGUUUGGCCCAGAAGGCAACGUGACUGAGGUUGGAACCAUGAACUUCUUUGUUGUUUUCAAGAACGCUGACGGAACCAAAGAACUUGUGACUGCUCCUCUUGACGGAACCAUCCUAGAAGGUGUCACCAGAGACUCUGUGCUUGCUCUUGCACGCGAGAAGCUUAACCCUGCUGAAUGGACCAUCAGCGAGAGAUACUGUACCAUCAAGGAAAUUGCUGACAGAUCUGACAUUGGAGAGCUCGUUGAGGCCUUUGGCUCCGGAACCGCUGCAGUUGUGUCUCCAAUAAAGGAGAUUGGCUGGAACGGAAAGCAAAUCCAAGUUCCAUUGCUUCCAAACGAGCAGUUUGGUGAGCUGACCAAGAACGUCAAUGACUGGAUCGCCGAUUACCAAUAUGGAAGAAUUGAGAGCGACUGGUCCAGAAUUGUCAACUGA